AGCUCCCGGCUGCGGAGGUGGGCUUCCAAGGCCGGAAGCGACUCUAAGGCCAACAUGGCGGCGGCGAUGCUGGCCCUGAGGACGCGGGCGGCCGCCACAGCUCUGCUGAGCCCCUCUCCUGCAGCAGCGCUUGCUGUCCGGUACGCCUCCAAGAAGACUGGCGGCAGCUCCAAGAACCUGGGCGGCAAGUCACCAGGCAAGCACUAUGGCAUCAAGAAAAUGGAAGGUCACUAUGUGCAUGUUGGCAACAUCCUUGGGACUCAGCGUCAUUUCCGCUGGCAUCCAGGUGCCCACGUGGGCCUGGGCAAGAAGAAGUGCCUGUAUGCGCUGGAGGAGGGGAUCGUCCGCUACACGAAGGAGGUCUACGUGCCCAGCCCCAGCAACUCCGAGGCUGUGGAUCUGGUCACCAGUCUGCCCAGGGGGGCUGUGCUCUAUAAAACUUUUGUCCAUGUGGUGCCUGCCAAGCCUGAGGGUACCUUUAAACUAGUAGCAAUGCUCUGAGAUCCUGGGGGAGGCCAGCGGACAGAGACUAAAGCUCUGGUGGCGAAGGCGUCACCAGAAGUCAGCAGUUCAGGUGACUACAAAUUGUCCCUAAAGGGGCCUGCUGGCUGUGACUGCAGGGGACUCCAGAGUGCCUGCCGAGAGACCCUGUAGAAGAAACGAAGUGACCCCGAGUCUGCAGGUUCAGAAUAAACCCUGAUGAGCUGCCUAGC